AUGUCCCUCUCAGUCUUCAUGAAUGUUCUCCAGUACAAGGAUAUCCUGGUAUCCAGCACCACAGCCCUAAAGCUAGCUGAUGCACUCCUACCACUCUUUGACCAUGACAACAGCCAUGUGCAGCUGCUCUCCAUUCAACUUUUUGAAAAGGUGAUGGACUUAGUAGUGGAUGAGGGGAAAAAGUCUCUGAAGAGAACUGUGUACCAGAGCCUGCUCCCACUCUACUUGCACUGCCAUGAGGAGAACCAGCAAGUGGCGAAUGCCUCUAUGGAAACGCUGCGUUGCGCGGCCGGGUUCCUGAAGAAGAGGGGUCUGAAGCAGCUGGUAAAGAAGGAGAAGCUGUCAAAGUUUGGCAAGUGCCUGCUGUGCCGCUGCCCGCUGCUGCACGCAGAGGCCGCGCUGGCUCUUCUCCAGGCUCCUGCGGGCCCGAGCCGGGUGCCCACGGAGCCCCGGCCCGGCGGCGCUGCGGGGCGGCCCCGCGGCUCCCCGGGCAGCAGCCGGCGCUCUGCCCCCUCCGGAGCCCGGCGCCAGCGGCUGCUGGCCGCGCCUCAGGGCUGCGCGGGCAGGGGAGGCCGGGGCUGCGCGCAGCGAGCGCCCGGCCCGGGGGCUGAGCCCGCGCCAAGCCUCCCCUGCUGCCGCUCUCUGCAGCUGGCAGAGGACAGGAGCCGAGCGGCCGAGCACCUGCGCCGGGCCCUGCGCUACCUGCAGAGCCCACAGGAGCCCCUGCGAGAGGCGGCCAUCAGGAUCAUCGAGAUGGCCGGGCGGCACCUGAAGGGACAGCAGCAGCAGCAGCCGCAGCUCCAGCUGAUCUGGAAUGCCCUUCAAGCCCGGAGGCAAGAUGCCAGCCCAUCAUGCUCCAACCUGGAAAAUCAAGCCGCGUUUCCCCCAGGAGCUAAAGAAUUAGGGACAUCUUCUGAAUCCAGUGAACCAGUGUCCCAAGAACACAGCAGGAGAUACUGAAGAGGACCCCAUCUCCCAGCGCUGCUGGUGCUCCAGGCACAGCUGACGCUGGGCACAAUUCUCAUGGCUUCAGCCCUCUCCCUGCCUGUCCUGUAGAUAGCUCCCUCCCUCCAGCCCUCAUAUACUGCCCAUCCCCUUUUUUCCUCUUCACUAUUCCUCCCUUUUGAUAGAUAGCUCUGCCCCACCAGACCCCAGACUGUUCAUCACCUUUUUUCCCCUCCAUGCUCCCCUCCUCCAAACCUCAUCCACUGCCCAUCCCCUUUUUUCCUCUUCACUAUUCCUCCCUUUUGAUAGCUCUGCCCCACCAGCCCUCAGCCUGUCCAUCACCUUUUUUCCCUCCACACUCCCUCCAUCCAGCCCUCAGAUCCUGCCCAUCCC